CCACCCCCCGGAAUUUGCCAUUUUCAAACUCCAAUUCAAAUAAACACCACACCACUCCCCCCAUUUUCCUCCACCCCACCGCCCCCCAGUACCAGAAACGCUCCCAACAAACACAGAUGCGAUGCACACUACUACUGCUGCUGUUGUUGGUGUAGGUAUAGAUGUUUUCCCCUUCCAGCACAACUAACUACUGCUACUAACUACACUGAAGGAAAAAAAAAAAAGAAAAGAAAAGAGAGAGGAUACCGAUCAUCAUCAACAACAAAACACAAGUUGUUGGGUGGCUGAAUUGAGAGGGGGACCGCGGCUCUCAUUAAUGCCGUCCCCUCACCUUUGCCCUCUCAUUCUUCCAAACUUGUGUAGGUGUUUGAAUUUUGAAAAAAAGCAGCCGUUAUGUUCAAGGAAAAGCCACUGCUAGCAUACAGCUGGAUAGCUAGGGUUUAAGGUUGGGCUUGCUGCUGCUCGUCCUCCUUGCGGUGGUAACUGUUGGUGUUGAUGAUGACGACGACUACGGUGAUGGAUUUCGAGGCGGUGCUCUCGUGCUUUUUUCCGAGAUUUCCGAUCUAAGAUUUCUCUUGUCGGAAUCUUCCGUCUUUCUUUUCUUUCUUCUCUCUCUCUUUUUUCCCUCUUUCCUUUUAUUUUCUUCUUGUCUCCCUUUCUUUCUUUUUUGUCUGUGGCUUGCAUUUUGAAUAUGGAGACAACUCGACAUAAGAGGUCCAAAAGUGCUACAGCUAUUCAAGGAAAUUAUCAGGUUCACAGACACAAAGCUGUUCCAAAACCCAUUGCCGAUUCUCGUUUGCGUAGUGGUGGAAUCACUAAGGAAGAUUCGUCGACACUUGAGUCUGGACAGAACUCUUUCAAACGAGGUAGUGGCGCACCAAUAAAGAAGCUACUGGCAGAAGAAAUGGCAAAAGAAAGCGAAAACAGGAGACGGUCACCUAAUGUCAUCGCAAGAUUGAUGGGUCUUGAUGGACUGCCAUCCCCGCAGUAUAAACAACAAAAAAGGUUGUCGGAGAAGCAUCAACAGCGGAAUGCCUCAGUAGGCAUCAAUCAGAAUGAGCAACCACAUGAGAGUCGAUCAAGUAAGAUGAGCCCAGUUGAUCAGCAAGAUUUCAAAGAUGUGUAUGAAGAUAUGGAAGCAUCACAUGUCACAAAUCACCGCUAUUCAUCGAGAUGGAGUGCGAAUUCCAGGUUUGCCAUGCCUGAGAUAGCACACAAACAACAGAAGUUUAUGGAUGCAAAACAUUGUUCAAAUAAUGAAAAGCUUCAGCUUUCUAAAGAGUUUGAUGAUACUCUUGAGAUCCUUGACUCAAGCAAGGACUUGCUGCUGAAAUAUCUUGAGCAGCCACAUCCGGUGCACUUAAAGCAGUUGCAUGAUAUGAAAAUCGACCCUUACAGCUCUUUGUAUGGUCCUGUGGCAUCCUCGGAGCUAUUGAGUUCUGCUGAGUAUGAAUGCAAGGGCAAAACCUGGAAAUCAGCUAGAGAUGGAUUGUGUAAACGUGACACUAGUUCUCGCCAGAAACGUGAGGAUGGUCUUCUACUUCAUUUGCACAACCAUCAUGGUCCAUACCAUUCUUGUAAGACCGAAAAGAGUCAGUUAAAUGUCAAGAAUGAGACAGAGAUACUUCCAACGAGAAUUGUUGUUUUGAAGCCAAACUUAAUAAAGAGGGCUAAUGCUGUUACAUCUGUUUCCUCACCGGAGUCCUCAUGCACUCAUAUGGCAUCAUUGAAGAAUCAUUUACAACCUAGGGGUUCUUAUUCUGAGGAAAUGUUGUCAUGCAAAAGGAAAAAUUCCUCCAGUGAAGCAAGCUUCUUGAACACUAAGUCAAGGGAAGAUAGAAAGAUUGCCAAGGAUAUCACAAGACAAAUGGCAGAGCAUUUUAAAUUGUCAGGUGGACUUAGAGGAUAUGCGGGAGAUGAGAGUUCAUAUGAUGCGUAUGAAAGUGACUCUUCCAGUGCUUCAGAGGUGGUGACUCUGUCUUCCAGAAAUUCGUUUGAUGCCAAUGACAGGAUCAAAUAUUCAUCAUCUGGUCCAUAUGAAUCCGUGGUAAGUAGAGAAGCGAAAAAGAGAUUGUCUGAGAGGUGGAAGAUGACUCACAAGUCUCGUAGUUUUGCACCAAUUGCUAAGGGUAGCACACUAGGUGAAAUGCUUGCUGUACCCGAGAGGGAAACUGUGCAGGAGUUUAAUGCUGCAAUCUGUCUGGAUGGAGCCAGUGAAGGAUUUGCUGGCAGUAGUGAUAGUUCUGGCUGGGGUGGUCCUUUAGGUAUCAGCAGUAGGGAUGGUUGGAAUGAUGGAUGCAUCAGACAUUCGUCUAGAUCAAGAUCUCUUCCUCCUUCCCCAGUUGCAAGCAGAAUAUAUAGAACAAAUGGAAGGCAUGAACCUCUUUUGAGUGAUAUGGUAAAGAACGAGAAACUAUACAGGGAUAGAAUUAAAGAAAGGAAGAGAAAUCCUAGUAAAAAGGACAAAACCUCAGCCAAAGAUGUUCAAUCAAGUAUUAGGACAUCUCUCGCCUGUUAUAGCAAAGGUAAUGACAGUGGCUUGUCACCAAAUAUGAGUUCCAACCUGAUUCAAUCAGACAUCGGUGCUUGUAAAGAGGAUCCCUAUGAAAAACACUUGAUACAUUGCCAGACACCUGAUACUGCUGAUUCCCUUAGAAAAUUUGUCGGUGAUGAACUGACAAAUACAAAACCUGGGAGCUUAAGCUUGUCGUCCUUGGACUCCUCUCUCAAUGUGCAACCUGAGCCUACUGAUUUUACAAAAGAAAAUGAUGAUUCUGCUGCUUGUGACCAAGAAGAUGCAAAUCUACAGGAAUCAGUGCUGGGCCAGUCUGAACGAACCUCCUCCUUGAAGUGCCUUGGACCUGAACCAGAAUCUUCAGAGAGCUCCAAGGAGGCUGAUCAUCUUAGUCCAGUUUCAGUUUUGGAGGUUUCUUUUGCGGAGGAUUUGUCAUCUAGCUCAGACUGCUUUGAGACUGUCAAUGCUCAACUCAAUGUACUCCGAAUGCAGCUGCAGCUCCUCAAGAUCGAAUCAGGCAGUUAUGGUGGUGCAACUGUGGUUAGCCCAAGCGAAAAGGAUGUCAUGCUGCAGCAACCAAUAGUGGAAUAUGAAGAGAAAAGCUUUGUUGGAGGUGACAGUUGGGAGUCUUCAUACAUAGUUGACACACUUCUCUACUCUGGCCUUGAGGAGUUUGACUCUGAUACAUCCUUUGCGUCAUGGCAUUCUCCCGAGUGCCCUUUAGGUCCCUGGGUCUUCACCAAUCUUGAGAAGAAGUAUGGUGGAAAGACAAGCGAUCUGAAGUUUGAAAGGAGGCUAUUGUUUGACCGCAUCAAUUCUGCACUUCUUGAGAUUUUCCAGAAGCAUGCGGACCAACGUCCUAGGGUGCAGCCAAAAAUUAUUGGAGCAUCAAAAUGGCAAACGCAUGGGGUCAAAGAUUAUUUAAUUAAGUUGCUAGCUAACCGAGAGCAUAAUGUGAGAGGAGAUAGACCAGAAAAUAGGCUGGACAGGGAGAUGAAUUGGUUAGGAUUCAGAGAUGAUAUUGAUAUGAUCGGCAAGGAAAUUGAGAAACUGUUGAUAGAUGACCUAAUAGGAGAGGUUUUAGCCUUGUAGAGUUUUGAAGCAAAACUCGUCUAGUUUGACAGCUACAAAGACAGAUGACAUAGGUGGAAUAUUUUGUUUAGCAGAAUGUUAAUAAUUUUAAAAAGACGUUACAUAAGAUCUUUACAAUCAA